GAACUGAAAAGCUGUUCACCAAAUCCAUGCAAGCACGGUGGGAAAUGUAAGGUCCAGCAUCAAAGCUUUACUUGUGAGUGUGAAGGAACUGGUUACGAGGGAGGCGAGUGUCAAAAAGGUUUCGUUACAACACCAGUUUUUCCAAAAGUAUCAGCAAGCUCUAAGUCCGAGGCCCUUCAACUUUCUGCUCGGCCAUCCAAUAAGCUGACAAUUUCCCUAUUUGCUGAAAAUGGAGUGACGUUUUAUCCGUCAUCCUAUCUCGAGAUUAUAUAUCCGGAAACUAAGCAGAAAUUCUUUGUUGAAUCUGAGAAAGCAGGCAUUCAAACAAUCUCUUUUGAUUUGGGAGGUCUUAGUGUAGGUGAUUUCGAGAUCCCUGAACCACGCUUUCUUCUAGUCAAGCCUCGCGUGAUGGUCAACUCCAGUGUGUACUCAAAGUUGUUUCUUCCUAAAGGAGAACUGCCAGUUGGAUGUAAUGAGUACUUAUCCAGAUCCUCAUCAUGCGAAUUACGGUUCUUGUCUUCAGCAGGAUGGACUGAUACUUCCCCUUCCACCAAGGGCAUUGUCCACAUAAAGACCCCUUUCAACCAUUAUAUUCCACUAUCCAUGGUUGGUUUAAGUUUGACUGAGCUUCAGUUAUCUAAAAGAUCGUUACGUCAAGCAAUAUCUGCACGCAUGUCUUUAAGUGAAGCACAAAAUGACUUCCAUACAAGUGAUGGGUUGUGCGUUCAAAGGGAAAUGACUUUUGAGAAUCUUUUGGAGUUGAUUAACGAUGACGCACUUGUCUCUUCUUUCUUGCGCACCUUUUCCAGAAUGUCUCCUAAAUGGCUACAUCUUAAUACUGAGGAGGAAAAUAACGUAUUCGACAUCCAAAACAUCGCCGUAAACGUUGCUAAAAAAGCAGAACUCAAUGAGGGACAUUGCUCCGUCUUUCCGCUUAAUCAAUCGUCAAGUAUUGUGUACAUUCGUCCAACCGCAAAGUACCAAUUUUGGGUUUCCGGCGAUCCAGUGUCCUUGUCUGCAGAAGGCGACACUUGCCUUGCAGCCGACGUUUGCAAGCAAUCUGUCUUUAUACGUUUUCCUAAACACUCAGCCAGUGAGAUAAAUGAUAGGCUUGCGGCUUUUCGAGAUAUGAAAGAGAAGGGCAUUGAUAUCAAAGUUGAUUCGCUUGGCCUUUUGGAGAGUUUCGAUACUUAUGAAGUUAAGGGAGGAGAGAUUUGGAAUGGGAUGCAAUUUGAGGAGGUGUCACCUUUCAGUUACAACAUGUGGUUAAGGGGAGACGUAACGUGGAAGAUGCAGAUACCUGCAAAUCUAGAAGUGAAAUUCCACAUCACGGGAGAGAGCUUUAAUCACUACCACAAAAUUGAUGACGUAAGUUGGUUGUCAAGUCAACGAUAAAAACAUAUUAAUUUCAUUUUCUAAGUUUCACGUUUUCUUUGUUUCAGUUGAACAUUGUUCGUUUGUUUGUUUUUACUCUUUUAACAGAUAUUUGUUGAUCGUCUGACUCGGCCACUCGAUAUUCUACUUAAAGGAAAAGUCUCAGCUGGCAUUAAAGGAAGGACUCUAGGGCAGGACUUCAAAUUGGAACUUGCUUCUGAAGAUAUGAUAGGAAAGGCCAGGCUUGGAGGUAAUAGGUUUACCGGAAUCGAAGGGCCGGACAAAGCAGAAGGUCGUCGCUGUCUGGCAGAUGAGUGUGUUGACGGCCAUAUACCUUGUAGGAAAUAAAAUGAUUCCCUUUAGUUUGCUUUCAGAAUAUUAAGUGCUAUAAAGAUGAUCUUCAUUCUUUGAGGGAAAACUCUGUAAUGGCAUUUCGCCCUAACCCUUACCAACAAUCCUGAAUAGCACAAAUCGGACCUGGGCAAUGCUAUAUGUAAACAGUCAGUUGUCGUUCGUUUGAUAUAAACAAGCUCUGUUCUCAACGGUUUUGUUUAUGAGCUUUUUCAUUAUUUUAAUCACCAUGAACAUUUACAGUCGUACGGCUGGCUCUUAUUUCUUUUUUUCUUUUGCUCCAAUUACUAGGUGACAACAGCUGCAAAGACAGGGUGCAAGGAGUAUUCUUGAAUUUUAGAACAAAUAUGAAUAGGGCGUUCCUCAAAACACCAUUUUACCCUUAUGUACGCCCUGUAGAAAAUCAACAGCUUCAUUUUGCAACGCUGGUUAAAUACUCUGAAGGACGACAAAACAGAGUGAGUAAUAAAGCAGAGAUACGGCGUACCCUGACAAACUUAAGAUUCCUUGUUCCGGAGGCAGAAGAAAUUUUCCAGGAGUCAAUUUCGACGCUUCCAAAAGAUAAAGUAACUAUAGAAAAAUGGAUUCAAACGGCUGCUGUGUUAAGUGGAAAGAUUCGCGAAUUCCGUAGAGAACUUUUCUUUAAUCGAGUCAUUGACAUCAAGAAGGUCAGAAAAUUGAUGGCAGACAUCAAUGAAAAAAUCUAUGGUGUGCGAACAGGCGUGGGAAUUUUAAAGCAGCGCGUUUCCUUAAAAGCUCCAACCUCACCUUUACUUGCCAUGAUUGAAGACUUCCAGUUAGAUUUCCCAUACUCUGUUCGCUUGAAACUUGGAGGAGAAAGUAUUCAACAAAGGUUGUUCGGUGUAAAAAUCUACCUUCGCAGUAAUCUCUGCAUAAAAAAGCUAUGUUUGGAGAACAUAAACACAGUAGUUACACACCUUGAUGGGUACGGGUGUGGCUCCCAGCAAUUUUCAGGUCAAAAAUUUUAUGUCAGCGGUAAAACGGGUGAGAUCGUGUCCAUGAGCCCAGGUAAAAUUCUAAGUCUUCCUGAAGGGCAACCUAUUACCAUGGUUUUCGGCCGUGAAUCUGACCACGUGACUAUGACAUUUACGGCAUGGAUACAAGUUCUUGGUUUGAGUCAGCCGGCAAAUGCAACUUUGGAUAAUAAUCAGUUAUCACUUAAAGUAACCGGAAAAAUUUUUGAUAAAUUUCCGACAGAGGUGAAUGUUGUUGCAAAGAUCAGAAACAGCAAAGACUGGAACUCACUACUAUAUAUGAUAGAGGGAAAGAUGCUUAAAUCAUCCCUUCUUCCAAGUAAGCUUCAAAGUACAAUCAAUAAGUAUGUACUUGUUCUAAUAGAAAACGCCCAAAGGAGGAUUAAAAAGGCUGAAACUGCAAAUAUUAAUGCCAAAAGAAAAACCAAAGAUGCAGAAGAAAUUCUUAAAGUGAAGCAGAUUACCUUGGCCAACGCAUCUAACAUAUUGGACGAAAAGACGAACAAUCUUGUCGAAAAGCGAAUUACGUAUGCGCGACGAAAGAUACAAUUCAAUUCGACACUUUUACGCUACCUUCAAUUCAAGAACCAGGAUGUUUGUGAAAUGAAAGAAUGUGACAGCACUGACUUACAACUGACGUGCAUACCUGACGUGUGCCGAAAGGAAGUUAAGACUACGUAUACUAUACCAAUCUGUGAGAGAGUUAUCGAGUCAAUUCCAGUAGUUCGCUUAAAACAAUAUACUGAAAAAGAAUGUUACGACGUAACUACACCCAAAAAGUUUACAAAAACUGGAGGGGGCUGGAUCGACGAUGAGAGUUAUACUACUACAGGAGGCGACAUCAGGGAAGAAUGUUUCUCAAACUUCAAACUCAAAGCAGAAAAUAAAACGAUCAAGGUAAAUAGCUAUAAAUGUAAAAAUAAUGCCGAGUCUAUAGAAGUCGUUUCUGGUCACGAAAAACCUUAUGCCUGCUGCAACAAAGCUAUAAAAGAAAAAGUUCAGAUUUUAAAGCCAGAUUGUGUUGAACACAACUCCGAGUGUUGGGAAAACAUAACCGAAUUUGCCCAACAGUUAAAACGACUACACAAUAAGGAGAGUGCACUCUUUGCAGACUUCCAGAAUAUGGCAGACAUGGGAAGGCAAGUAAAUCUGGCUCAAAUGGAGGUUAAUUUAGCUCGAACAAAUGUGCGCAUGGCAACAAAUCAAGUCGAACUUGCCCUUGCAAUGCUUGAACAGAGUCAAAAUGCCCAGGAAUCCCUAAGUAUUAGCAAAAUCAGGGAGCAAGAGAAACUUGGUAUAAGACUGGCGGACAAAGUAAAGAGUCUGGACGGUAAGGAAAUGAUUUCCGUGGAAAGUCUUUCGUUCUCCACGUCGAUGACUUCAACCAGCAAAACGUUGCUACCGUUUGUUGCAUCUGUAAAAGAUGCUGAAGGGCGCAACAAGUUUAUAGAGUUCCCAAUUGAAUUCAAAAGGCUUGACUACUACUUAGCUUCAGCCGCGAAGCUUGUAGUUCAGACACUCUUUAGAAAAACGAAUUCUAGAGAACGAAGAUCGACGCGCGGCGUGUUUAUGGAAGACAGAAUUGGCAUGGACAGUGUGCGACGUAUGUGCUUUUUCUCCCACAAAGCAAAUGCUCUUUUUGCAGACGUCAUAGACUCUUUGGAAUUUCUUGUUAAAAGUACAAAUGAAUACUUUGAAGCCAUAUCAUCAGGAAUUGAGGAAGUGGAUUCCUAUUCCACAGAUUCUGUAAAAAAGUCGUUUUCGUCUACUCCACAGCUUCAGGUAACCUUUAGCGAGAUGAUGCAGUCCCUAAAAGAUCAUUUUGUCAAUAUUACAAGUGCGACAAAAUGGGAAAGCAUUCUUGAACAGUGGCGAGUUCAUCUCAAUGUUUUGACAGGAGACAAGAACUUUACAGAGUGUUCUGGAAUUGAGGAUUGUCUGGAGUUCUUCUUUUAUAACUUGAAUGACUUUUAUCUAUUCGAAUAUAGUCAACGGGCACUCGAAAUUAAAGACAGUCUCGAAGAAAUGAAAAGAGUUUUUACCAGUUUGUUACAAAGGAAUUCUUCAUUCGAUUCAGUGAAAGAAAUUUCACUUAGAGCCAAGGCCUUGCUGAACAAAACUAUAGACGGCUCGGUUUUGUGUGGAAAUAGUCCAGUCAUCUUAAAAAGCUCGCCUGCAGAAGUUGUGAUCCUGACCGGUGACACAGUAAACCUUACAUGCUUAGUUAUCAACUCAAAUGAAGUAGAGAUUGUUUGGAUAAGAAACGAAAGGGUUAUAGAGGACAAGCAUGAUGAAGUGCUUGUUUUAAGAAAUGCGGAUAGGCAAACUGAAGGAGCUUACAAAUGCAAAGCUUCCAAUAACAGGGGUGUAACUGUUUCAAAUGUUACCAUUGUUAGGGUACAUGAAGCGCCAAGAAUCACUAUUCAUCCUAGUGACUUUCGCGUUCUAGUGGGAACUGAAACAUUGACAAUGAUAUGCAGCGGUGAUGGGGAACCUAAGCCAACAAUAGAGUGGUUUUUCAUGUCACGUACUGGUACGAUAGUGAAGGUGCAUUCCUCUGACCGCUUGUUAACAAAGAAAAACCUCACAUCUCAAGACUCGGGAUUUUAUUACUGUAAUGUUUCAAACAUACGUGGAUCAACAAGAAGCAGAAUGGCGAGGCUUGAUGUCUUGGGAUUUAUUCCAGGCUUACCACGAAUCGCCGUAUUUCUGAAAUUUGCCAGAUGCGCAUUCGACAAUUUUCCAUAUAACACGUCAAACUGUACCAAUCACCAUUACACGCGUGCCCUGCAGUUGGAUUAUGGUGGUGUACGUAGCUUUUUCAGAGAGAUCACUGGUAAGAUGAGGUGGGAAUGGAAACAAAUAGAGAAACUCGAUUUCAGUCCCCAGUCAGAUCUCUCGUUGUCCUUUGUGACCACAGCCAAUGAAAGCAACGUGUCAUCAUAUAUCAGUUCAGACUUCAUCGCUGCUUUUAACAGCUUUUCCCUUUCACGUUACAAACUUGCCCGCGAUUUACGGUAUUUUCGCGCUGCUUUGGAGGGAAGGAAAUUUCACUUUAUUAGGAAAAAAAAGCUUUUCGUCCCCAAAAAUGGAGGCUUCACUGCUGAGCUUGUCACUCAAAAGUGUCCCGCUGGAAAAGAGGCCGAUGACAAUGGAUUUCUUUGCGGUACGUAGUCUUAGUCCAUCCUCUAAAAUUUUACUUUUUAAGUUGAAUCAUAAAACGAUCUACCCAAGAACAGAUAGAAGUGAAACGACGUGUUUAUCAAGAUUUUUACUAUUUAUAUAUUUAUUUAUUUAUUAUCGUAGUUAAUGGGAAACUUCAACCUGUAUUGUCAGAUAAUGGACGUUGCUCAAACUCAUUCAUUUCAUUCAUUCAUUUGUUUUAUUUUGCCAUUAACCACAUAAGAAUAAAUCAACAAUAUACAAGAAAUUGAUAAUAAUUAUAUUAAACACAAUUGACACUAUUAUAUGAUGACAAGGAAGCUUAUUUAGAAGCCGGGCUUUACACUAUAGGCCUCCUGGCACUCUAUAGGGUACACCAUGUGAGUUAAGGAUACUGAAUGAUAAAUGAUUAUUUUGAAAAGUCAAGAAAAAAAAAGAAAACAACAAAAAUAAAAAAUGAAAAGUUCUGUAGCUCAACAAAGGGUACAUUUGACAUGGAAAGAAGGAAUUUUUGAAGUCUUUUGCCAAACAAACUGGUACUUUCACUGUUUUGAAUUUUACGCCUUAGCGAGUUGAAAAACUUAGGACCUUUGAAAACGAAUUGAGAAUUUCGAAGAUAAGUUCCACGUGCAAAGAGGUAAGUAAAAAAGGCUGGAAUUUCUUGUAUUAUGCGAAUGUAUCUGGCUUGCAAGAGUAAACAUGAGAAUAAACCCGAGGCUGAAUAACGAACUUCAGUUCAUAAAUGCCGUUUUUUGUGUUCCUAUUUUGCAGUUAACUGUGCACCUGGCUACUAUGGCAUGUCCAAUGGUUCAUGUGUCCCUUGUCCUGUCGGCACAUACCAACCAAACGAAGGAAGUACAGAGUGUAUCAAAUGCCCAUAUAAAUGUUCUCAAACUGAACUUGGAGCUGUUCUAGAAUCGCAAUGUAUCGACAUUUGUGAGUCUGAAAAUUACUGCCUAUGCCUUUGAAAAAAAAUUAAAAAGCAGCAAUUGCUGUGCUGUAAAUCAUAAGGAAAAAAUCCUUCCAGAAAUAAUUUAAUUUUAUAUUUAAUUUUUUAUUUUCUCUUUUAUGGGUGGACGUCCAGCUUUUAAAUUGUAAGCAUAUAGGUUAGCUGGAAAAGAUAGGAGAGAGAACAAGAGUAUACAAUCGCUUAUUUUAAUUUGUAACAUUUGCAAAACGUUUCGUGUGCAGGUAUACUUCAUUCUGAUGUAUCAAAAAAGACUAGGUUUGUAACAAGCACUUUAACGGUUAGUUCUUCUUUUACAGAAGAGGAGCGUAUUUUUCUAGUUAUAACUUGAGUCACUUGCUGGUUAGUAAAGACGUUAUAAACGGCUUUGCUGGAAUUGUGGAAAAUGAGAGCUAUUUCCUGUUUUCCAUAUUUUGUAGCUAUUCCCUGCAAUCUUUCACAUGUCACUAUUAAACACGCCCAAGUGCCAGAGAAUGGAAAGACGCGCUAUCGCACUGGUGAAACGUUUGUGCUGGGUUGUCAAAUUGGUUAUAAAUCGGUAGGAAACGGUUCACGAGAAUGCAAUGAAGGGAACUGGACGACACAAGAAUUUUAUUGUGAAAGUAAGUACAGUUGUAUCUUUCUAUUUCAGGCAUUCUUUUGAAAUGUGACUUGCAUUUUGCAAUAGAACCCAAGACCAAAAGAAUGUAAACUUUUGCACCUUCGCGAACGUCGAAUAAGUGUUCAGUUAACAGUAAUAGCAUGACUUGAUCACGGGAUCAAAUUUAGAAAACCUUAAUUCUCUAAGCUGAAACGUUAGUUAUUACCGGCGAUUUCAGUGUUCAAGAUGAUUAUUCAAAUGAUCCCUACGCAACAAAACUGUUAGAUCUGUUAGAUUCGUUGGGUCUUUGUCAGCAUGCUACCCAAUCAACACAUGAACUCGGGCACAAAAUUAACUUAAUUAUCACGCGUCAAUCAUAUUCCAUCAUCCACGGCUCACCUACCGUGGAUCAUUUGUUCUCAGAUCAUUUAAUUGUGUUGACAACGUUAAGAGCAACUAAACCGGUAAUCACAUCAAAGGAACGGGUUUACAGGAAAAUUAAAUCAAUUUAUCUGGACACUUUUCGAAAUGAUCUUGCAGUUUCUGAACUGUGCCAAGAAACCCACAAGGAGUUUAAUGAGCUUGUUGAAUGUUACAAUAAGACAUUGACAUAUGUUCUUGACAAACACGCUCCGCUUAAAUGCAAAGAAAAAAUCAUCACCAAAGGCAUCGCGUACCCUGGCAAAGCGAUCAGAUUUUAGCUGCAAAAAGGAUGAGAAGGAAAGCAGAAAGAAAAUAGCGCUCAUCAAAUUCUACACACGACCUAAAAGAAUACAAAUCUGCAAGAAACCUCGCUACCCUGAUUUGAUUUAAAAAAGUACGUUCUGACUUCUAUGAGAACCUUAUUCAAGAAAAUAGUUCGGAUCAAGAAAAGCUCUUUAAGAUCUCGAAGCAGUUGUUAAAUCAAAGCUUCGCACGUAAGUAAAUCGAUGUUAGCAAAUGAGAUGGCUAAUUUCUUCGUUGAAAAGAUCAGUAAUUAUACAAGAUCUAAAUUCCAUGAGUGUACAAUUCAGGAUUGUCAAGAUUCUGCCCCCCAUCAUGAAACAACAUUGUCCGUCAUUUGGCAGCUUUAAAGCAAAUUACAGAAGAUGAAACUUACAGCAUUAUCGUGAAUUUUGCCAAGAAAUCGUGUGCUGUCGAUCCCAUUACCUAAUUGGGAAAGGAAGCGUAUUUGUGGUCGGAAAUUAAAAGCCAUCAACUUGGAGCAUUUUCGACAAGAUGUUGCACUGUCUCCUCUUUUGUCUGAAUCAUCCAAUGAUUUACUUACGCUGCUUCACUUGUAUAAUUCGGAGUUAUCUAGUGUUUUGGAUAAGCAUGCGCCAUUAAAAUCGCGCAUGGUUACCAUACGUCCCGCUGCUCCAUGGUUUAGUGAGGAGAUUAAACUGGAGAGAAGAGUUCGUCGCCGACUGGAAAGGAGAUGUCGUAGGACUAGAUUGCCCGAAGAUCGUCUGCGUUUUAUUGUACAAAAUCGUAUUGUCAAUGAGCUAUUACUCUCUGUCCGCUCGCAAUAUUACACCAAGCUUAUUGAUGAUAAUUGCCUUAAUCAGAGGAAACUGUUUGGCAUUGUCGGUAAGUUGUUACAUCGGAGUCCUGCACCGCAGUAUCCAUCUUGCUCUUCCGUGGCGGAUCUUGCAAAUAGAUUCAUUGGCUUUUUUGGUGAGAAGAUUAUUACUAUUCGACAUGAACUGGAAUCGAACCCUAUGCAGGGAACUUAUUUAUUUAAUGAAGUCACAGUAGCAACAACUAGACUCCAUCGUUUGAGCUGUCCUUCAUAUUCGACCUUACUUCAGAUUGUGCACCCUUUGGCAUCAAAGUCUUGUGAACUUGACCCUGUCCCCUCUAGAAUACUCCUUGGUUGUCUUGAUCUCCUUUGCCCUGUGAUCUGGAAAAUUGUUAAGCUGUCUUUGGAGACCUCUGUCAUGCCCACUGAACUUAAACAAGCUGUAAUUCCUCCUUUAUUGGAAAAGGCGAGUCUUGAUUAUCAAGAAUUUAAGAACUUUCGGCCGAUCUCUAACCUCACCUUCUUGUCCAAAGUCAUUGAGAAAGUAGUGGCUUUGCAGCUUGUUGACUACAUUGACAACAAUGGUCUGUGUGAAGUCUUUCAGUCUGCCUACCGUGCUCACCAUAGCACCGAAACGGCUCUUCUCAGAGUCUCCAAUGACAUUGCUAUGUCCAUUGACAAUCAAAAAUCUGUUGUUUUGGUUCUACUGGACCCGUCUGCUGCUUUUGGUACAGUUGAUCAUUCUCUUCUCCUUGCUAGACUAUCUACCCGUUUUGGCAUUUGUGACCAGGCACUGGACUGGUUUCGUUCAUAUCUAUCUGAUCGCACUCAAUAUGUCAGAAUCCAAGAUGUCUCUUCUGAUGUGCAUGCCUUACCUUAUGGUGUACCUCAGGGUUCCGUGUUGGGCCCCUUGCUCUAUUCUUUGUUCACUUCCCCCUUAGGUGAUAUUGCAAGAUCUCAUGGUCUAUCUUAUCACUUUUAUGCUGAUGAUACACAGCUAUAUUUAUCUUUUGAAACGUCAUCGCCUGAGGAUUUGUUAACAUGUACAUCUGCUCUUGAAGAUUGUGUUAAAGAUAUUGAUCUUUGGAUGUUAAAUAACAAGCUGAAGCUGAACUGUGGGAAGACUGAAAUUAUAGUUUUUUCAUCUUCCUAUCGCCCACGUCCUGCGUUAAAAAACCUGGUGAUUGCCUCUGACACUGUUGACUGUUCAACUACUGCUAAAAAUAUUGGGGUUAUUUUUAAUAACUCUCUAUCGAUGUUGCCGCGCGUUACUGCUGUUUGCAAGUCUUCGUUUUUUCAUUUACGCAAUAUUUUUAAGAUUCGCAAGUUUCUUUCUUUUUAAAACUCUAGUUCAUGCCUUUGUUACUGCAAGGAUCGACCAUUGUAACUCAUUGCUCUACGGUCAGCCUAAAUGUAUCUUGAAACGUUUACAGAGUGUCCUAAAUAGUGCUGCUAGGCUUAUUCACCUUCUGUUUGGAAUGCACUUCCAUUGGAACUUAGAUCUUGUAAUUCCCUUUCUUCUUUUAAAUCUAAGCUCAAGACUUGGCUUUUUAAAAUUGGUUAUGAUGUUGUCGUAUAGAAUGAUGAUGUUUUUAUAGGAUGACAAUGUAGUUUUGUAGUUUUGUAGGUUUAGGAUUUUGUUGUUAUUUUUAUUAUGUAAAGCGCUUUUGGACCAUUGGGAAUUUUUAUAGAAUGACAAUGUAGUUUUGUAGGUUUAGGGUUUUGUUGUUAUUUUUAUUAUGCAAAGCGCUUUUGGACCAUUGAGAAUUAGCGCUCUAUAAAUACUGUAUAUUAUUAUUAUUAUUACCUACACCCCUGCUGGUCAAGUGAAUGAUGUCUUCUUACCAGUCAUAACUAAAAUGGUUAAUAUUUCACUUGAAAGUGGCCAUUUUCUCUCAGCAUGGGAAGAGGCUUUGGUUCAACCGAUUCUUAAGAAGAAUGGUCUUGACACUGUUUUUAAGAAUUAUCGGCCUGUAAGCAAUCUUUCCUUCGUCUCAAAAGUAACCGAGAGAGCUGUGUUUCAUAUGAAGAAACAUGAUCUUUACCCAUCACUACAAUCUGCCUACAGAAAGAACCAUAGUACAGAAAAAGCACUUUUGAAAGUUACUAACGACAUUCUGGUGGAAAUGAAUUCGCAGCAUGCUGUUCUACAUGUGUUACUUGACCUGAGCCCCGCCUUUGACACUGUUGAUCAUAGUGUUUUGUUGCGUUGACUUCAAACUUUAUUUGGAAUUUCUGGAGCACCAUUGGAAUGGUUUAAGUCGUACUUGUCAGCAAGAAGUCAACGCGUUCCAUUCCCGGCGCCCUCUCUGACAGUCUCCCUCUUGACUGGGGCGUUCCACAAGGGUCCUGUCUUGGUCCAUUGUUGUACAUCAUCUACUCUUCAAAGCUAUUUAACAUCAUUGAACGUCAACUUCCAAAUUCUCACUGUUAUGCGGAUGAUCCACAAAUAUAUUUGUCCUUCAAGUCCGAUGAAUUGUCAAGUCAACAAGAUGCUAUAACUGCCAUGCAAAAUUGCAUUGACGACAUUCGCUAUUCACGGCAUGGCGCCAGAUUAUAUUUGCAAUUUGAUCAGCCGAAGGAAAUCAACAGGAUAUUCCCUCAGAUCCAGCAAAAAAGUUAUGCUUGAGGUUCCAAGCGGCAAGAUACUCCCAACACUUGGUGGUAGAGCAUUCUGUUAUGCGGCCCCAAAGCUCGGAACAACCUUCCUAGCGAAAUAUCUAGCCUUGACUCUCUUUCAAAUUUGAAAUGCCAUGUGAAAACAUAACUUUUUAAACAAGCUUUUAAUUUGUAGUAGUGUAUUUGUUUCGUUUAUGUUAUUAUUCAUCAAUUAUUAUCAUUUUAUUUCGUUUUUAAAUCUUUCCACCUGCUUGUAAAUUUAUUCAUUUUUAGUCUUUCUUUUUAACUUAUUGUAAAGCGCAUUUGAUCAUGUGCCAUGGAAGUUGCGCUAUAUAAGUUUUUAUUAUUAUUAUCAUACACGAAAACAGUUCAAUUUUGUUAGCACAAGCUGAAAGAGCGUAUUAAAAUUAGGUAACCUGAGAAUUUUUAGCCGGCGUAUAUCUCAAAAGUAGUGUUCGCAUAGGCCGCCUAAAGUUAGAAGCGCAAACACUAUUUUUAACAUAUUUUUGAUAUAUUUUUAAAACUAUUUUAAUUGUAUUUGAGAACUUCAUUUAAAACAGGUUCCAAAUUAUAUUUUUAAUGGUGUUUUAAUCUGUGUUUAAUGGUGUUUUAACCUGUUUUUAAAGGUGCUUUAACUUGCUUUGAAUGGUGUUUUAACCUGCCUUUAAAUUGCUGUCUAACCCUGUUUUCAAUGGUGUUUUAGCCUGUUUUUAAUGAUGUUUUAAUCUGUUUUUUAAGGUGUUUUAACCAGUUUUUAAAGAUGUUUUAACCUGUUUUUAAUGGUGUUUUAACCUGCUUUUAAUGGUGUUUCAACCUGUUAUUAGUGGUGUUGUAACCUGUUUUUAAAGGUGUUUUAUUAUUCAUUCAAAAUAUUUUCCCGAUUCUGAUUGGCUAAAAGCACACGUUUAAUUGACCAUAACCAGUUACUGAUGACCAAAUUUGGAAGAAUUUUGGGCAUUUGUAUGAGAAAAACAACUUUUGCUACCCAGUCACGCUUGCCUGGUUUGCCGUUACAAAUCCUUCAAAAUUUCAAAAUUUUGCAAACUGUCGUGAAAUAUUUCCUUAAGCAUUACGGGCUCAAAUCUCCUUUUAAUUCAUAACAGGCAAUUUGAGCCCUGAAGUGCGUAAGGAAUAGAUUUAACGACAGUUUAAAAAAUUUAGAAUUUACAAGGAUUUGUACGGAAAACCAUGCAAGUGUGACCGGGUGUCAAGAGCUGUUUUUUUUUUUUCCAUACAAAUGCUUCAAACUUUCCGCGGCCGUUGCAAUCGCUGCUUUUGAGAUAUACGGCUGAAAAUUCUCAGGUUACCUAAUUUUCAUAUGCUCUUUCAGCUUGUGCGAACAAAGUUCUUUCAAAAUGAGCUGUUUUCGUGUUUACCGAAAGUUGAUCACGUGAUCAACUCACGCAAAGGGGCCAUUAAUAUGACCUAAAUAAGAUCCCAGGUGGUGUGCGCACCAUGAUUGCGAUGCAUUGUGGAUGCAAAAUUUUCAAGAUGGCGGCGAAGGUCGAGAAAUUUCGCAGCUUAUAUGCUUUGUUUUUCAAUAGAUAUAGUUCUUUCCUUAGAUCGUUUUUCACAAUUUCAUAAGGUAAUAUUUGCUUAGAUAUUGUCUGUGAAGAAAAACAAAUCUUUAUUCUUCAUUUCAAUCUAAAACGUGAGGCACGAAGAUUCCUCCUGUAAGAGAAUGAAAUUUGAACCCGGUUUUUAAGAAGCUAUAAUUUCCAUUGUAUUGCCCGUCGAAAGUAGAGUUUAUUUUACGGUGUUUCUACAAACCUUGUUCUGCGCUAAUUUUUUAUCGCUCCCCAACGCACUCCACGUUUGGUGAUACUUUUUCCGAAUUGAAACCAGCAUGUGCUAAUGGGAAAAUGUAGCCUCGCGAAGACGAAUGUGACAUGUUACUGGAAGUGUUACUGUUGUUAUCACAAGCUAAUCACAAAAUAGCGAGGGAGCGGCGACUGGUUCCUCCCAACAUUGUCAUUAGGUGAGCAUAAAAUGUUCGAACUUAGUAUACAAAUAGGUUGAUGAGUACUCUGAUUUAGGAAUGUCUGUUUUUGUAAUAGGACUAAAAAAAACAUAAUAACAUUGCAGCCAUACAUGUGAUUCCCUUUAUGUAGGUAUAAAAUCAGCAGGAUACGAAUUGCAGACAUUAAAUUAAAUGAUAAGUUUGAUUAUACAGUUAAGCCCUAUGCAUUUUGAAACCAGCCAUCCUCUAUGAAAAAUGAUUACUGAUUUUUGGGAGAAUUGCAAGAAUAGUUUAGUGUAGAAGAAGAAUUUCGUAACAUCCACCAAGCUUGCACUUUACUUUUAUUCAGAGAAAUAUGCAUCAUCACUCUUGAAAAAACAAAAUCAAAAUCUACUUCCAAGACUAGUGUGUGUAAUGUUAUGACCAUGUCAGUUUCAAGGUAUCAUGAAUUUGAUUACUGAUUUGACUGAUGCUGAGAAAUACUGCCAGGGCAGCUAGGCAACAAACUGCUUAUUCAAUGGUGACUAGCCUCUGGGUUUUGGGCACUAGAGAAAUGCGACGAGUGCACGAGGAAGGAGGGAGUGACUUCAACAUUCACCUGGUUGAUGUUUAUAAUGCAAAAAAAACAGUCUCCUGGCAGGUAUUUUCCUCCCUCCUUCCCUCAUGUUUCUCUUGCACCAAAAAACCCACUUUCCCUUCCCUUUGAAAUGCCUGCCACACAGGCUAAGUGAUGUCCGUAAAUCUGUUUAUCGUUUCCACUGUUUAAGAUAUAUCAAGCGAUUUGGAUAUUUUGUUGGCUUGAGUUAAAAUAUAAAUUGCUUCAUCAUUGAAUGUACUUUUGAUAUUGGAGGACCAAGGCUGAGAAAAUGGUGACAGGGAAAGGAAAUAUAAAAAGUGGAACAAUAGGGCAGUAAAACCAUGAGAGCAAGAACCUAAACUAACCAAGUAAGCCUAAACAGGUUCUUAUAUAAAUAGUAGUUAGCACAAGUUUAGGCUAGUUAGGUUUUUAAAUGGGUUCAUAUUUUCUGAAGAAAAAAUCUAGUUAAGAGUAUUUGUGUUUUACCUUAUUCCUCAUAUAAAGCCUGCAUACCAAAUUAGAAGUUAUGUGAGAAUGGACAUAAAAAGAGGAAUGUAUUUAAUUUGUAAUUGUAUCAAUAUAACAAUUUUAUUCAAUUUAAACAUUGGCAUUUUACAUUGCAGUUGGAGUGGUAAGACAGCUUUGUCUCCAAAGAAGAUUCUAAAUUUUGAUUUAUCUUUGCUUAAGUGUACAGAAUUUUUUCAUAGAUUUCAAAAAUAAGAACCUGUUUCAAAUUUUAGGCUGAACAGGUUUUAAUAUAGAGGGGGGCUCAUCUGGCAUAUUUUAGCCUAACAGGUUCUUAAAAUUCAGGUUCUAAGUCACAGGGUUUUACUGUACUACCAGGAUCCACCACCACAAUAACUGGCAAACCCAAAAUCCCACUUUACGGACAACCACUUAACACAGACACCUCAUCAAGGUUGUGCUCAAGCAGGGCCCGCUGGCCCCUGGCGCCUAACGUUUCCUCUUGGGUGACUAGAAAAUCUCAGACUUUUCAUUCAAAUCAUAUGCUGGGCAGCGUAGAUGUUACAGGUUCAGAGAACUGGGCUCCUUUCAAUGUUCCUUAGAGCACAGCCUUGCUCAUCAUUACAGACAGCUCACUUUGUUCCCUGGAAAAAAGCCCUUAAAUGUUCUCUGAAUAGACCUUUUUACCGAUACGGCGGCCAUAUUGAAUUAAUUCGAUUUAAGGAGUAUUAUAGGAUGCCCAGGGGGCAUGAGCACAUUUCGUUUGUUUUUUCGAGCGCUUUUCGGGACAUUUUUUCCUAAAGUUUUCUUAGAAUAAGAUUGUAAUGGGAAAAAAGAUCAUUGUGUCGUGUUUGGAUGUAAUAAUCAUCGCCUUUUUCCCGAGAAAUAUACAGUGGAAGGCCAUAUUUCUAAUACUAAACUAGAAAAAGGCGAACAUUAUUACAUCCAAACACGGCGCAAGGAUCUUUUUUCCCAUUACAAACUUAUUCUAAGAAAACUUUAAGAAAAACUGUCCCGAAAAGCGCUUGAAAAUACAAAAGAAAUGUGCUCAUGCCCCCUGGGCAUCCUAUAAUACUCCUUAAAUCGAAUUAAUUCAAUAUGGCCGCCGUAUCGGUAAAAAGGUCCAUUAAAAUGGACAAUUUGUACGGUCCACUCAGUGUCCGUAUAACACGGUUUGACUGUAAAUAUAAUGAGACCCAUGACACCGUACUUGAAUUGGAAAAAAAUGGGGGGAGGGAGGGGCAUUACAAGAAAGGAAGGGGGUCUCCCGCUAUGUUGCUCCAGCCCUGAUUACAGGAGACUUGUAAACAUGUAUUUAAAGAAAAAUUAAUCCAAAUUUUCAUUAAGGGGUGUCCCGCUAUGUUGCCCCAGCCCUGAUUACAGGAGACUUGUAAACAUGUAAUUAAAAAGAAAUUAAUCCAAAUUUUCAUUCAGUACCCUUAACUUGUAUGGUUUACCCUAUAGUUCCAGGAAGCCUAUAGUUUAUAAGCCCCUGGCUUCUAUAUAGGCUUCCUUGCCUUUACCACAUUUGAUCUUGUAAAUAAUCAGUCCGGAAUAUCCCUAAAUUUAAGGACAGGGCCAACUGGUCACGCGCCACUUUUUAACCAAUGAGAUGGCGGGCUUGUGUUUAUCAACAAACAAAUCAAAACAUCGCCCCAGUGAUCAAAAAGUUUCAAAACAACGGACGGAGUCGGACAGAAUUAAAGAUGAGCUUACAGUACUCGUCUAGGUUUCACAUUUAAGAGGGUGUGAAUGGGGUUAACCGACUAGCGACAAAGGGCGAAAAAUAUUACUGACUACCGACAAAAUGAGUAAAAAAUUACCGACUACCGACAGGAAAAAUAUUAACCGACUACCGACAUGGGCUGAUAUUAUCAAUAUUUGUUUCCAGAAAAAAGAGCAUUUUGUAUUUAAUCUAACCGUUAGCUCGAGGAAGUAAGUAACCUCUUUAAAUUUAUGACUCGUCAGAUGGCCUAAGGGAAAGAAUUUCCUUUUUUUGUUGUUGAUACAGGUACAUUGCUACAGUCACUACCAAAAUCACAAAGUCACACCUUAAAGAUGCUACCGACUUUAUAAAUUUUAUUGAAAAGUCAAAGGUGAAAAAACCGAACGUUUUUUGCUUAGAUUAAUCCUCAAAGAAAAUUCUUUCCCGUUUAACGUAAAGAACUAUCAGUACAAACCCACGUUACCGCAGUGAGCACAAAGACGGCAGUUUCCUUUCCAACAUUUUCAUGACACAUAUUGAAACACGAAGUUUAAGCAAAACCGUCUUUAAACCAACUGUUUGAAAACGCUACAUAAAUGACAUUUUUUCCCUAUGGGACAUAAGUAAACCAGACAUCGUAGGUUUCUUCGCGGAACAAGUAAACUUACAUGCCCUCCUAUGAAAUUCACGGCCGAAAGAUCUGAAAAUGAGACAUUCUUUUUAGAAACGGUUGUAUACCAAGGUACAACAUUCAGCGAAAAAAUGAGAAAAAGCUAUCCUUGACGUAAAGACUCAUUUGAACGGAAACCUUACAGUAUAUACAUUUUCAACUCUUAUCACCCACCAAUUGUUAAAGCGCCUGUUUGACAAACGAGAAGCCUUGAGAAUCCUACGAACAAACUCCUCUGAGGAAGUAUUUCAGAUUUCAAAAGAGGUUGAUGGACAGAGGCUAACCACGCAAUUUUGAAAGAAAAAUUGCUGUUAGAAGUAAAACUCACAGAAAGGAAGGCAGCGCUCCUGAAAAAAAAAACAACCAGGAAGAGAAAGACUGAAAUAUUAGGUGGGUUCAUUCUAGCUAAGUAAGUAGACCCUAAGUAUGCCGGGAGUUCAAGUAUACUUAAGAACACGUAUGUGUACUUACCCAGAUAAGCGUUCAUAUUUCAAAUUCUAAGUAUACUUCAAGUGACAGAGCCGUCGAUCAAUUUCCGCGCCAACUAUGCAGCCAUGUGCUUGAGUGCGCCAAA